AUGUGCGUCAACUGUAGUAUUGAUGUCACCGACUCCUCCCAUGGCGGCGUCUGUCAACCCUCCUCGGAAAAUAUAAGUCGAACAUCCUUAUUUAUCCGUUCUGCACAAUUGUCCGUGGUGCAAGCGGCACUCAGCCUCAUUCGCAAAAGAAUGCGCAAUGUUCACGAAGUUACGCGGGUUACCUAUCUGGCUCCAGGCAUUAUCAAUGACGUGAAACUGUCACAGAAACUCUCCUGGCUGUUGCGAAGUUCUUCUUUCGCAUCCACGGCCAAGGAACUCGAUCUUCCAUCAAACCUACUCAAGUUACUUCAGAGUCAGAUUUUGACUGAGAAACGUGAACUUGAAGCGGAGGAGCUGCUGCCUAAGGUAAACUGUUUUCAUUAG